AUGGGCGCCAUUACCUCAAGAGUCUGGGCCACAGGCUCCUCAGACCUCAAGCUUGACAGCGUCAUCAAGCUAUCCAAUGGAGUGACCAUGCCGCGCUUGGGGUUCGGCGUGUGGCAGGUCGACCCCGCCGUGUGCACCUCGGUGGUCGAGACGGCCCUGGAGGCGGGCUACCGACACGUUGACUCGGCACAGGCGUACCGCAACGAGGCCGAGGCCGGCGCAGCUCUGCGCUCCUCGAGCGUUGUCAAGCGCAAGGAUGUGUUUUUCACCACCAAGAUCCCGCGCGACCUGGGGAGCGUGGAUAAGAACUACACGAGCCUCGUGGGGAGCGUCAACAAGAUCAAUGGUGACGGCGCGGACGCUGAUGCUUAUGUGGACCUGUUCUUGAUCCAUACCCCACGGAUGGGUGCUGAGGGCAUCAAGAAUGUGUGGCAGGCACUGGAGAAGUUACUGAAGGAGGGCAAGACCCGGAGUAUCGGGGUGAGCAACUUCAAUGGCGAGAACAUACAGGGCAUGAAGGAGUAUGCUACUGUCUGGCCGCCGCAUGUCAACCAGAUCCAGCUCAACCCAUGGGUCCAAGAGAAAGAAAUUGUCAAGUAUUGUGAGGACAACGGGAUUGUGCUCCAGGCAUACAGCCCUCUGGCAACUGGGAAGAAACUCGAUGACCCCACCGUUGGCGAGAUUGCAAAGAAGUACAAGAAGUCGCCCGCGCAGGUCUUGAUUCGGUACGCUCUCCAGAAGGGAUGGGUGCCGCUGCCAAAGAGCGUGCACAAGGAGAGAAUCAUUGAGAACACGCAGCUAUACGACUUUGACAUCUCUUCGGAGGACAUAGCUACUUUGGACGGUUUGGAUGGGAAGUAG